GAUGUGAAUAAGAGGAAAAAGCGUGAAGCAUACAUAGUGUGUAUAUUUAGAGAGCUGUUAAUUGCAUUCGACAAAGGGAACAAGAGAAAAUAUUAUCUGUUACUGCUAGUUGCUAGCUCGUGACAUACUACCUUAAGCUUAAAGCUAUCAAAGGUGUGUGUGGCCAUGGAUAUUAUUAUUUCAGUUUGUGCUAAAAUUGCUGAGUAUAUACCUAUUGGUCGUCAGUUUGGUUACAUACUCUACUACAAGGGUAACCUUGAAAGGAUGAAAGCAGAGGUCCAAAAGCUGGAAGGAUCAAAAGAUAGUGUGCAGCAUACUGUUGAUGAGGCUAGAAGGAAUGGAGAAGAGAUUGAAAAUUUUGUUCAGAACUGGCUAAACAAAGUGGACAACACUGUUGCUGAGGCAUUGAAGCUUAUUAUUGACACUGAAGGCCAUGCAGAAGCUCGGUGUUCUAUGGGACACUUUCCCAAUCUGUUCACAAGGCAUCAAUUGAGCAGGAAGACCAAAAAGAUGUCACAAGAGAUUUCUCAAGUCCUAGCAGAUGGAAAAUUUGACAAAAUUUCUUACCGUGCUGCUUCUCAAGUGACAGUCACGCCAUUUGGUAGAGGUUAUGCAGCCCUGGACUCCAGAACAUCAAUGUUGAAUGAGAUUAUGCUGGCAUUGAAGAAUCCUAACAUCUUCGUUAUUGGGGUGUAUGGGAUGGGUGGAGUGGGUAAGACAACACUAGUGAAAGAGUUAGCUUGGCAAGCUGAGAAUGAUGGGUCAUUUAGUUCUGUAGCUAUGGCCACUGUCACCGAUUCUCCAGAUUUGGAAAAAAUACAAGGCCAAAUUGCUGAUGCCUUGGAUAUGAAAUUUAACAAGGAGUCCAUUGAAGGAAGAGCAACACAAUUACGGCAAAGGAUAACCAAGGAGAAGAGUAUUCUUGUUAUUCUGGAUGACAUUUGGGGUAGACUUGAUUUGGUAGAAGUGGGGAUUCCUUUUGGUGAUGACCACAAAGGAUGCAAGUUGGUCAUGACAUCCAGAUAUCUUAAUAUGUUGAACUGUGAGAUGGGCACUCAGAAAGAAUUUCGACUCGAAGUUUUACAUCAGGAUGAUAGUUUGAAAUUGUUUGAGGAAAUGGCAGGUAAUAUUGUUCAAGAAUUAUAUAUAAAGCCAAUUGCAGUAGAAGUGGCCCGAUGUUGUGCUGGAUUGCCCCUUUUGAUAGUUACUGUGGCAAAGGCUUUGAGAAAAAAAGAUGCUUCUGCUUGGAAAGAUGCCUUAAAUCAAUUAGAGAGAUUUGAUCAACAAGGUUUGCAUAAGAAAGUCUACUCUACCUUGGAGUUGAGUUAUAAUUGUUUAGAAAGGGACGAUUUGAAGUCACUCUUCCUAUUCAUUGGUUCAUUUGGACUGGACCAUAUCCACACCGGAAUAUUGUUUCAAUGUUAUUGGAGCUCAGGGUUUUGUGAACCUUUUCAGACAUUGACAGAGGCUCGGAAUCGAUAUUUCAACUUAAUAAAUGGUCUUAGGGCCUCUUCAUUGUUACUUGAACGUGAAAGGGGUCGAGUAAGAAUGCAUGAUGUUGUACGUGAUGUAGCUAAAUCAAUUGCAUCUAGGUUUCAUCCUACUUAUUCUGUGAAAAGGUACACUGAAGUAAACCUAUGGCCAGAGAUAGAUCAGCUACAAAAGUGUCAUCAAAUCAUUCUGCCUUGGUGUUAUAUUAAUGAGCUUCCUGAUAUGUUGGAGUGCCCGGAGUUGAAGCUACUUCUACUUCAUAAUAUAGGUGACAAUUUGAAAGUCUCUGAUGAGUUUUUCUCUGGGAUGAGAGAAGUAACAGUUCUUCAUUUAUAUGGGAUGAUGUUCACCCCUUCCCCACCUCAAUCGCUCUCUCUCUUGAAAAAACUUCAAACAUUGGUUCUGGCUGGAUGUGUGUUAGAAGACAUAUCAAUAGUUGUGGGACUGAAAAGUUUAGAGAUUCUCAGCCUUGAAAGAUCCGAUAUUAUACAACUCCCAAAAGAAUUAGGACAACUGGCUAAUCUUCGAAUGUUGAAUUUAACCAACUGCUCUGGACUGAGAUUCAUUCCUGCAAAUCUUAUUUCGAGCUUGACAUGCUUGGAAGAGUUGUACAUGGGGAAUUGCUUUAUCCAAUGGGAUGUCAAGGGAAGCAAAGAUCACGGCAACAAUGCAAGUCUGGAAGAGCUAAGCAAUUUGUCUCAUCUAACAACUUUGGACAUAAUGAUUCAAGAUGCUUCAGUUUGGCCAAGGGACUUGCAGGUCUUUGAAAAGCUUGAAAGAUACAACAUAUUUGUUGGUGAUAUGUGGAAAUGGCCUUUGGAAUGGUCUGGAGGUGCUUCAGAAACUUCAAGAAUACUUAAGCUGGCAGAGAGUAAGAGUACAGACAUUCUUUCAGAUCAUGGGUUUAACUUCUUGUUGAAUUCAACAGAGGAUUUGUGCCUCGGAAAAUUACAGUGUGCUGGAGAUGUCCUUUAUGAGUUGAACAGGGAAGGUUUUUCACAAUUAAAGCGUUUGUGCAUUGAAGACAGUUCUGGCCUGAAGUACAUCAUUAACUUAAUAGGCUCCAUUCAUCCCUAUCCCGCCUUCCCCAACUUGGAGACUUUGGUUCUUCAAAAUCUGUUUAAUCUGGAAGAAAUAUGCCAUGGCCCAAUUCCAAUUCAAUCUUUUGCCAAACUGAAAAUUAUUGAAGUCAAAGGUUGUGAUAAGUUGAAGCAUCUAUUUUGGUAUUCCCUAGUUAGAGACCUUCCUCAACUUCUUGAAAUAAAAGUUACUGAUUGCGCACUAUUCACACAAAUCGUUGCUGAGCAAACAUCCGAGACUGAUAAAAAAAUUGACAAUAUUAUGUUCCCCAAUUUGCAUUCUCUUACACUUGAAUGUUUACCUAGUCUCAUUAGUUUCUGUUCCGUACCAUUGACAGCGGAUACUAGUUUCAAAGAAUAUGUUGAGAAGUGUGAUGACUCACAACCCGUACCGGUGGCACUAAUUAAUCUAAAGAUUGGAAUGCCCCAUCUUGAAACCUUGAAGCUGUCUAAGAUCAAUUCUUGGAAAUUAUGGGAUGACAAGCUCUUGAGUUAUUCUGGCUUUCAAAACUUGACAAGUUUGACAAUUGACAAAUGUCAUAAAAUAGCAUACAUAUUCUCAUCCUCAUUGGCAAGAGCACUGAUAACCCUGCAAUAUCUUGAGAUCGGUAACUGCCAAAUGUUGGAGGAUGUAUUUUCCUUUGAUGCAAAGUUGGGUAAUCAUUCUUCAGCUCAGGAGCCUAUCUCUAAUGAGGAUGUUGUAUUCCCGAACUUAGUGUCAUUGAUAAUCUCCCAAAUGGAUAACUUGAAGUCAGUAUGGCACAAUCAACUUGCUCCAAAUUCCUUCUGCAAAUUGAAGCAUCUGGAAACUAAAUUCUGCAAUAAAUUAUUAAAUGUAAUCCCAUCUUAUCUUUUUGAAAACUUGCUGAAUCUAGAGACAAUAAUUGUAACCAAUUGUCCUGCACUGGAAGUUCUAUUCGAAAUACAAGAUUUUAAAACAGGAGCUAGCAGCCAGAUGGGACUGGAAAUGCAGAUGAGGAAUCUUACUUUGGAGCAUUUACCAAUGCUUAAACACAUAUGGAGUAGAAAUCCUUAUGGAAGACUAAGGUUUCAAAACCUAGGGCAAUUGAAAGUCGCUGAAUGUAAAAGCCUUGAUCAUAUUUUUCCAUUCUCUGUGGCCAAAGAACUUCCAUAUCUCCAAGUGCUUCAUAUAGAAGAGUGUGACAUAGAGAUUAUUGUAGCACAGGAUGAAAUGGCUGACACAGUUCCAAUACUUGUUUUUCCAAAAUUAACAUCUUUGACUCUUCGAUGUUUAACACAACUUAGAAGCUUCUGCUAUGGACUACACACCUUGGGUGUGCCUUUCUUAAGAGAUUUGGAUGUGUAUCACUGUGAUCAACUAGAACUAUUUGUGCCAAUUUCUUUAAACUACCUAGGAAAUGCCACAGUUGAUCCACAAGCCCUACUGUCAAUUGAAAAGGUUGUUCCAAACCUAAAGGAGCUUAUUCUGAACGGAAGGGAUGUCAUUAUGUUAUGCAACGAUCAACUUAAUCACAGGCCUAUCUACACAGUAAAAGUUCUACGCCUGCGUUGUUUUCACAAUGAGACCGACCAAUUUCCAUCAGGCUUCCUCCAAAGAUUUAUCAAUCUUGAAAAUCUUAUGGUGACCUGCAGUUCCUUCACAGAGAUUUUCUCAAGUGGAAGCUUUGGCACUGACCAUUCCGGCACAACAAUGAAAUUGAGAAAGCUAGUACUUGUUGAAUUGCAUAACCUUCAGUUUAUAUGUGAAGAAAAAUCUGAGAUGCAGUUUGCUGUUGAAAAUCUUGAAGUAUGUGAAGUAUUUAAAUGUUCGAUACUUAGGAAUAUAUUUCCAUCCUCGGUACGAUUUGAGAAUUUAGAGAGAGUGAGAGUGGCCUUCUGUGUUGGAUUGGAAAAUAUUAUGUUAUCAUCAAUUGCUACUAAUUUACCUAAACUUCGGAGAUUAAUUAUCGAUAAUUGUGAAACGAUAGAAGAAAUAGUUGCAAGUGAUAAAGAAAAUAAUGCUGGCGAGAUAGCUUUUAUGAAAUUGGAGUUUUUGCGAUUGUAUAACUUGCCACAGUUAAGAAGUUUUUACAAGGGAGGAUACAGCCUCAAUUUUCCAAUGCUGCAGAAGUUAUAUGUGGGAAAAUGUGACAUGAUAGAAACUUUCUCAGAUGGAGUGUUGAACGCACCAAAGCUCAGAGCAGUAUAUCUGAUUGAUAGUUCAAAUGGUCCCAUGGCGUUGGAAUGGUGACCUUAAUACUACAAUAAAAAAACAUUUUGCUGAAACGAAUUCUAAGGAUGAUUGAAAUUGUCCUCUCGAGUUGAAUACUGAAGGCUGAAGUGGGCAAUUCUUUGCAACCAACUGGUUUAAUUUGCAAUCAAUGGUUCUUAGUUUGAAGUACAUGCAAGCAUUAGGUGUUGACGGAUGGAUUGAUCUUGGGCUUCUCGCCAAUAAACCCAUAUUUUGUUUGAUUUGCAAAAGAAUUAGCAAUGAAAAUGAAAAUAUUACUGCAUUUUGACAAGCUUUGGAUGUAAAAAGGCUAAGACUUGAAGUUGGAAGGUCUGCACUACAAUAUGUAGGGGGCUUCAUUACCAGACAGACGUGCACGACCUGCAUAAUGACUUGAAGUUGCAGGGCCUUGCAUACACAAGCAACAUGACCUGAAUGGCCUUUUGAAUCACCUUGUUAAAAGACGAGCACUUCCGCUCAUGAAAUUUGGCAUGGUCAUGCCAACGUUGCUGAAGGCAUUUUAAGGCAUGCACAACUGUGAAAUAUGCAUGGAAGCAAUGUCGGCAGACGUGGAAGCAUUUUAAGUUGCAGUGCUAUACCUUUUUAUUAUUUUAAGUGCUUUUCCUUUUAACGGGGAAAUAGGCCCCUCCAAGUUCUCAGCGCACUAGACCUACACCUCGAUGAAAACAAACUCAUAUGAGCUCCAUUAUUGUUAGUGCAGACAGGUAGAACGCCGAGUUCAUAUUGGGAACUCACGCCUCAGGGCUUAGAUCCUUCAUUAUGAUCUUCCACUCCGUUUUCAAUUCAGAAAGUACCACUUCGAACACUCGUAAAGUAAACCACACUUUUUGAGCAAAAAGUUGUCGAGUAAGCUACAAAUGGUCCUCAUUUAAAUUAUAAAUCACAUCAAUAAUAGAAAAAAAUAUAUCAUUGUAAUUUGUAGCUAACAAUAAAAAAAAUCACAUUGAGUCAAAAUAAAAAAUAAAAAAAAUCAUAUGUUAAUAAUAAUAGUGGUGGAAUUGCGUUUUCAUGUGAUGGACCAUUCCCACGUUUUUACUUAGGCCUUUUUUUAUUUUUGUUGAACAGAAAAGGUAACAUUUACUUGUACAUUUCCUUAAUUUUUUUUUAACAGAUAUAAUAUUUAUUGGACUGAGCACAUUGCAGCAUACAAAAAACUGGAGGCCCCCAAAAAAUAGAGGCCCAGCUCUGCAGCACCUCAUGCAUUAGGCCUGGGCCGGCCCUGGUAUAGUUGAUAGAGUUAAGUUAAGUAUUGCAGUUUGGUUCGGUUUUCUGAAAUGAAAACCGCAAAUCAAAGCGCGCGAUUUAGAAGAAAAAUGAUACGUGUGGUUUUUACUAAAUGCAGGUUUUUGAGGUUUUCAAUUUGGAUUGGUUCAGUUUGCGGUUUUACUUUUAGAUUGAUUCGGAUACGAUGAACCCUAAAAAUGAGUAAAAAUGAGGGUAUAUUAGAAAGAUAAUGUGAAAAAAUAUCCUUCAUUGGUUUUACUUUUAGAAUCCAAAUCCAAUUAA